AUGGCAUCAGCAUUUUCCUCAGCACAAUUGACCAGAUACUUGCAAUACAUUACACUUCCAGCACAAUAUGCACCCUACAUCAACAAUCCACAAUCCUUCCCGACAACAAUUGAAGCUCUGACCACGUUAUUUCGAUCCCAAAUCACGCGAUUCCCAUAUGACAAUCUAACGCUUCAUUAUACCGAUACAAAAAUCGUGGAUAUUCAGCCCAGUAGUAUCUAUGAGAAAUUCAUGGGACAGGAUGGUACAAAACCCACAGGAAGAGGAGGGUACUGUCUUGAGUGCAGUAUAUUUUUCAACAAUGUUCUCCGUGGUCUUGGAUUCUCGGUUUACAUGACUGGAGUGCGAAAUCGAGCUCGUAUCGAUGGUAUUCCACAAGGUGAAUUUAAAGGAUGGACGCAUAUCGUGAAUAUUGUUUUACUUCCGACCGGAGAGCAAUAUCAUGUCGAUGUGGCAUUUGGGGGUGAUGGUCCCACACAACCGCUACAGUUGAUCUCGGGUUAUUCGAUUCAGAAUCUGGGACCUCAAGAGGUUCGGCUGAUCCACGGCAAUAUGCCGAAGCAAUCACGAACCGAACAAAAAGUUUGGAUAUAUCAGUAUCGGAAUGGCGCGGAGAAGGAGUGGAAUUCAUUCUACAGCUUUGGAGAAUUCGAGUUUUUCCAGGAUGAUUUCGAGAUCAUGAAUCAUUAUACCAGCUGGGAGGCAGUUGAAAGAGGUAAUUACUGGAUUGUCAGAUUCUUACGAGGGGGUGAGACCGAUGGACUGCCUUUACUGGAAGGAGAAGGCCCCGGUCGCGAUGAAGAAAAUGAUGUUCCUGUCGUUGGGAAGAUUAUGUAUGUUAAUGGUGUUGUAAAGUUGAAUAUGGGUGGUAAGUCGAGGGUUAUUGAUACUGCGAAGACGGAGAGCGAGAAGAUGGCAGUUUUGAAGAAGUGGUUCAAUUUCUCUUUUUAA